UCCGCCUCCUCUCCAGUCGCUCGCCGAGCCUCUCCAGUGCAACCCGAUCCUCACGGAUUCCAAUCGCCGACGGACUUUCGUCUUUUGUGAUAUUUUCUCCAACGCUUUCGACCUAUGGGGAGGAAAUCAAUCGCGCAUUUAUGAAUAGAUGGUGUGAUAUUCGUGUUGUGAUAAGUUUAAAAUGAGGCGUUUUUCUCUGAUCGUCCAAGGAGCGAUUUUUCUGGCGGUGUGUCAACAGCUAGGCCUCUUCGCCCUCAUCCAAGGGGCGGAAUACUCGAACCACUGGGCCACAUACUACGAAAAACCCUGCUGCAACAGCCAAAGACACGUCCGACACCACAAAGACCAUGUACGAGAAUUUACCUGUGGGAAAAUGUACUACAGGACAGUGUUCCUGGAUGAGAAGAAGGACUCAUUGUAUAUCGGAGCCAUGGACCGAGUCUACCGGCUUAACUUGAGCAACAUAAGCCACUCGAAUUGCGAGAGAGAUGUGCUGAACCUUGAGCCGAGUAACGUGGUCAACUGUGUCUCCAAGGGUAAAUCCGAGGCGUUUGACUGCCGGAACCAUAUUAGAGUAAUCCAGUCCAUUGGCGAUGGGGAGAGACUUUACGUCUGCGGAACCAAUGCUCACAACCCUAAGGAUUGGGUUAUUUAUUCCAAUUUAACCCAUCUUGGAAGGAACCAGUACGUACCAGGCGUGGGCAUGGGGAUAGCGAAAUGCCCCUACGACCCGGCUGACAACAGCACGGCCGUCUGGGUCGAAAAGGGAAACCCGGGAGGCCUCCCGGGGCUCUACUCGGGUACGAAUGCAGAAUUUACAAAAGCCGAUACGGUAAUAUUCAGGACCAACCUUCACAACUUUACGACAGCCAGGAAGGAAUAUACUUUCAAAAGGACCAUCAAAUAUGAUUCAAAAUGGCUCGACAAACCGGAUUUCGUCGGAUCUUUCGAUAUAGGACAGUACGUGUUUUUCUUUUUCCGAGAGACGGCUGUCGAGUAUAUCAACUGCGGUAAAAGCGUAUACUCGAGAGUGGCAAGAGUGUGUAAAAAGGACACAGGAGGAAAGAACAUUCUAAGUCAAAAUUGGGCGACGUAUCUCAAAGCGAGGCUCAACUGCUCAAUUCCAGGAGAGUUUCCUUUCUACUUCAACGAAAUACAGAGUAUUUAUAAAGUACCCGGAAUCGAUACGAGAUUUUACGGUACGUUCACGACCAGCACGACUGGGCUGAUGGGCAGCGCGAUUUGUGAAUUUGAUCUGGAAGAUAUCCAAAAAGCUUUCAGCGGAAAGUUCAAGGAACAGGCGACUUCCAGUUCUGCCUGGCUGCCGGUCUUGUCAAACAAAGUCCCAGAACCAAGGCCGGGACAGUGCGUCAACGACACAGAGACGCUGCCAGAUACCGUAUUGAAUUUUAUAAGGUCUCAUCCACUCAUGGAUGCAGCGGUAGCUCAUCGAAACGAUAAGCCUGUCUAUUUCAAGCGCGAUUUACUCUUUACACAUUUGGUCGUCGAUAUUCUAAAAUACGAUGUUUUCGGCGAUAAAUUAGAAUAUGUCGUGUACUACGCUGGAACGAAUCUCGGAAGGGUGUACAAAAUUGUGCAGUGGUACACAGAUGAAGGAGAAUCGAAAUCUGUUCUGCUUGACAUUUUUGACGUCACUCCUAAUGAACCGAUCAGAAUCAUGGAGAUAUCAAAAAGGCACAAGUCGAUUUAUGUCGCAUCAGAUGAAAGAGUGCGUCAGAUUGACAUGGUCAUGUGCAACAGGAGGUACGAUAACUGCCUCAGAUGUGUCCAUGAUCCGUACUGCGGAUGGGACAAGGAUUCAAACUCUUGUAAACCGUUCGCACCAGGACUUUUACAAGACGUGAGCAACAGCAGUGCAAGUGUCUGCGACAGCUCUGUCAUUAAGAAAAAACUGUCUGUGACCUGGGGGCAGAGUGUUCAUCUUGGGUGCUUUGUCAAAAUGCCCCAAGUUCUCGCUUCACAAACCGUCACUUGGUACCACUACAGCAAAGAGAAGGGGAGAUACCAAAUAGUUUACAGGGGUGAUAAAUAUAUUGAAACUUGUGAGCGAGGACUUGUUAUUGUGUCAGUUACCGAGGCUGACUCUGGCCGCUACGACUGCUGGCUAGGUGGCAGCCUUCUGUGCGCGUACAAUAUAACAGUUGAUACGCACAGAUGCUCACCUCCAGGAAAGAGCAACGACUACCAUAAAAUCUACUCAGACUGGUGCCAUGAAUUUGAAAAAUACAAAAACGCCAUGAAAACAUGGGAAAAGAAACAGGCACAGUGCAGUCGGCAGAAUGACACGUCAGCUAAUCAGAACAAUCACCCAAAUGAAAUAUACCAUAGAACACCACUGGUUUGAACUGUUUUAAUUUUCGCCAUUUUAGCAUAAACUUAGAGCUCUAGUUUUUAAUUAUUUUUAACUUAUUUUUGUUU